CGCGCGUCUCGUCUCGUCUCCCCCUCCGUUUCCGUCACCGGGCGCGCGACAGCGUCACGCCGCGAGGUCCAGCUCUAGCGGCACAGCUCGUCAGCUCCAACGUCCAGGUACGACCAGAAGAAAGAAAGACGAGGAGAAACCCAAGAGAGAUACGUAGAGUGUAGAGAGAGAGGGGGGGCCUUCGUUUCUCCGCAACCCACCACCAUCCCGCCUGAUUUGCAUCCUCCACCAGCUGAAGCCGGCAGCAAAGUCAGAAAGGUGUUUGUUGUUGUUGGAGGCUUGGAGCGCGCGCGGGCAGGGGGAGGGGGAGGUGAGCCGUGGCCGUCAUGGCCCAGCUGCAUAUAUACGCCAGCUGCGGCUGCGCACGCGCCCGCGCUGCGAUCCCGCUUCCCGCGCAGGCUCAGGCAUCCGCUGCGGCUCUACCUUGGGUGAUGUCCGUGACUUCGCCGCCGCUGCUCCGGCGAGGAGGGUGGGCGAUGGGCGCGAGCGAUCACGCCGCGGUGGCGGCGGCGGCGAGCGGUAACGGCAAGCCGCGGGCGAGGAGGCCCUCCGCCGCCGCGGCGGCCGUGCUGGGCGAGCCGGUGGCGGCGUCCGACGACCACGGCCUCGUCCACCCCAGCACGGACUUCGCCUCCCAGGCCCUCGUCUCCUCCACGCAGCAGUACCAAGAAAUGUACCGACGUUCGAUCGACGAUCCGGCCGGGUUCUGGUCGGAGAUCGCGGAGACGUUCUACUGGAAGCACAAGUGGAACCCUGACGAGGUCUGCACCGAGAAUCUGGAUGUCACCAAGGGGCCGAUCAAGAUCGAAUGGUUCAAAGGGGGCAAGACCAAUAUAUGCUACAAUGCGGUGGACCGCAACGUGGAGGCUGGCGACGGCGAGAAGAUAGCGAUGUACUGGGAAGGGAACGAGCCCGGCCAGGACGCGAAGCUCACCUACUCCGAGCUCCUGAACAAGGUUUGCCAGCUGGCAAAUUACCUGAAGAGCGUCGGCGUCGGGAAGGGUGAUGCCGUGGUGAUCUACCUGCCGAUGCUGAUGGAGCUGCCCAUUGCGAUGCUCGCGUGUGCUCGGAUUGGCGCUGUUCAUUCGGUUGUGUUUGCUGGCUUCUCUGCUGACGCACUAGCACAAAGAAUCAUUGACUGCAAGCCUAAGGUUGUGAUUACGUGCAACGCGGUGAAAAGGGGAAAGAAACUCAUAGCUCUCAAAGAUAUAGUAGAUGUGUCGCUGGCUGACAGUGCGAAGAAUGGAGUCGAUGUAGGCAUUUCUUUGACAUACGAAAAUCAGUCGGCAAUGAAGAGAGAAGACACAAAAUGGACGUCAGGCAGAGACGUUUGGUGGCAGGAUGUUGUGCCCAAUUUUCCAACAAAAUGUGAUGUGGAAUGGGUAGAUGCAGAGGAUCCAUUGUUUCUUCUAUAUACAAGUGGUAGCACAGGAAAGCCAAAGGGUGUAUUGCAUACAACGGGAGGCUAUAUGGUGUACUCUGCAACAACAUUUAAGCACGCAUUUGAUUACAAGCCAUCAGAUAUAUACUGGUGCACUGCAGACUGUGGGUGGAUUACUGGGCAUAGUUAUGUGACAUAUGGUCCUCUCCUGAAUGGAGCCACAGUUCUUGUUUACGAAGGGGCUCCAAACUAUCCUGAUCCUAGUCGUUGUUGGGACGUUGUUGACAAAUACGGGGUGACGAUAUUUUAUACUGCACCAACACUUAUUCGUGCACUCAUGCGUGAUGGUACCGAGUAUGUUACUCGGUAUUCUCGUAAAUCUCUUCGAGUUCUAGGAAGCGUAGGCGAGCCAAUCAAUCCCACUGCUUGGAGAUGGUUCUAUGAUAUUAUUGGUGAUGCAAGAUGCCCAAUAUCAGACACUUGGUGGCAGACUGAAACUGGUGGUUUUAUGAUCACUCCUUUACCUGGCGCUUGGCCUCUGAAACCCGGAUCUGCGACAUUUCCUUUCUUCGGUGUACAGCCAGUAAUAGUAGAUGAGAAAGGGAAGGAAAUGGAAGGAGAAUGCAGCGGAUACCUUUGCAUAAAGAAGUCAUGGCCUGGGGCUUUCCGGACACUUUAUGGAGACAAGGACAGAUAUGAAACCACAUACUUCAAGCCAUUUGCUGGCUAUUACUUCUCCGGUGAUGGUUGCAGCAGGGACAAAGAUGGAUACCAUUUUCUGACUGGACGGGUUGACGAUGUUAUCAAUGUCAGCGGCCACCGGAUUGGGACAGCAGAGGUUGAGUCUGCUCUGGUUUCACAUCCAAAAUGCGCCGAGGCCGCUGUUGUUGGAAUUGACCAUGAGGUUAAAGGCCAGGGAAUUUACGCUUUCGUGACAUUGGUGGACGGUGUUCCUUACAGCGAUGAGCUACGGAAAAGCCUCGUUAUGACUGUUCGCAGCCAGAUUGGGGCGUUCGCGGCGCCGGACAAGAUCCACUGGGCGCCGGGGCUCCCGAAGACGCGGAGCGGCAAGAUCAUGCGGAGGAUCCUGCGGAAGAUCGCGUCCAGGCAGCUGGACGAGCUCGGCGACACCAGCACGCUCGCCGAACCAGGCGUCGUCGACCAGCUCAUCGCGCUCGCCGAUAGCUAGCUUUAGCUAAAGCCACCGUCGUCUCGUCGCGCGCGAGGAACCUCUGCUCGGCCGAGAGUCUCAUUUUCGUUAUGAGCAAGAUUACAUUCUUAUUCCAUCAAAAAAAAUAUGAAUGAUUUUUUUAUGUGUCAGAAAAAAUGGACUUUUUUAUGUGCUGCCGCGGCUUACGAUCGGUGUAAAUGGUGUAUCACAGCACAUAUUAGAGAAGUAUACUUGUGUACAAUUGUAUGCGUUUGACAUUUUGUACAAGUCAGUAAUUCCAGGCCGUAAAGGCUACGCAUA